UUUAUAUUUUUGUUCUCAGUUGAAUUAGCGCACUCUGGAGCACGUCCUUGCGAUAUUUCAAGAAUAUUACAGGUCUCAAAUGGAUGUGUAUCAAAAAUACUUGGAAGAUAUUACGAGACAGGUUCUAUCCGACCUAAAGCUAUUGGUGGAUCCAAGCCAAGAGUAGCAACUAACCUUGUGGUUAGACAUGUAGAGAGGUAUAAAGCAGAAUGUCCAUCAAUAUUUGCCUGGGAAAUCCGUGAAAGAUUGCUCAGGGAUGGAGUUUGCUCUACUGAAACUAUUCCUAGUGUUUCCUCCAUCAAUAGAGUUCUUAGGAAUAUCAACGCCCGGGAAAAGGCAGGAAAACAAAGAAUGAGUGCAGGAAAUGCUUGGCAUGGAUUCAGGACAGAGAAGUUAAAAAACGGUCUUUUACCAACCAGCAGUGCACAGGGAGUUUGUGCAGAGGAGGAAGAAGAUGGUUUGUAUUAUCAAGAAAAACAAGAAAAUCGAGAUUUGCAUGAAAAAUCUGAUUCAGGAGAUAAUUCAUAUCAGAUAAACGAAGACGACAUUGAAACCAAGCCUGGAACUUCUGAUUCCGCUGGUAUAGUUGGGAGAGGGCGAGUUGGGUUGGAGAAACAAAAUAUUAACAAGGAUGACAAGAAUGAUGAUCAACCCAAUGCUGGUGACAGGGAAGAUACUAAACACAUGGACCAGAACAAAAUUUACAUUCAAAGAGGAAAGUUACCACGGGCAUCUCCAGACCCUCCUUCUGCUCCUUGUGGACCCCCUAGAAACACAACAAUUAGACCUUCCCUUGCCCCUUCAAAUCCUUCCGUUGCCCCUAUAAACCCUUCCUUUGCCCCUUCAAAUCCUUCAAAUCCUUCAAAUCCUUCCAACCCUGGGCAGAUGUCAUUCAUAGGCGCCAGUAUUCAAACUUUAAAUGUGUUUUGUCCAUACCCUGAGUUUGGUGAGCUGAAUUCAGUGUACAGAGGAAAUUUACAUGAACAUGUGUAUCCUUACAGAAGAAUGGGUAGUCCUGCAUCCUACACACAGCACUAUGCACAGCAAAACUAUAGAAGUGUUCAUGAAUCACAGUACAGGAAUGUACAGUCACAUGUACAGGAAAACUCUGAUCAUGUACACCCUGGAUACGAUCCUGUUCAUCCUUAUCCAAAUCCAAGAUGGCUGGAAACAGAAGAAGAGCAAGCUAGUAAAAUCCACGGACAAACAUCCCAAGCUCAGACAAUCCCACAUCUUCCGUAGAAAAAAAACUAUAAAUAUAUGAAACAUGAAAACACAAAAAAUUACAAUCCAUUGAUUUGUAUUUAAUCCAUAUUUUUUUGUCAUGAAGAUAUAAUAAUAUUGAAUAAUUGCUAAUUGAAAUAAAUUAAGUCUAUGUAAGAUAUCUAUGUAAAUGUCGUCUUUUAGAGUCGCAAUUUUUUCUUAUAAGCGUCCUUAAAAUAAACUGAAAUUUUAAUGUUAAAAGAUAUGUUAAAACAUUAGGUUAUUUGCUGUAAAUAGCGCCUCUGCAAUAUGAAGACAUAAAUUGUCUAAUUAGUUGCAAGAUUUUUUAGGUUUUAUACUUUUGUUGGAGUAGAAAACAAAGCUACAGUGCCAUGGGAAACUAACCAUAAGCCAAGAAUGUCCAGGUUUUAUCUAGGUUUAUUCAAAUGCAACAUGGACAUUCUUGGAUCUAAUUAUAUUAUAUAUUACUUAUAAAUGUAUAAUACAAUAUUUGUGUAAUUAUUUGUGCACAAAAACGUACACGUGUGUAAAUAUGACAG